AUGGCUACUCCCAGUGAACAUGACCAUGAUAACGGCAACUUUAAGGACAUGUUCUCUCUUCGUGAGAUUUCUUCACAAUUUUUUGAAAUGGUUCCGGUUAGAAAAAUGAAAUGGAAGGAUGAGGAAGCAACCCUGUUAGCCAGAAGUCAUGAGCUGCAGAGGCAGCUUCUUCUAGCCACUGUGAAGCAUCCAGUCUGUAGUAAUUUUCCACCAUCUGUCUCAUACAUGAGAUACUUCAUGAAGCUUCUGAUUCAUAAGCUGGAAUCAGAAGAUGCAGACAUUGCUGAUGAGAUGUAUGAAACAUACACAGACCUGUUGUCUCGGAGUGAAGAUGAAGACGAGACUCUUUGCUACAAGUCAUAUAAAAUGCCCUCAGGAGAAUGUAUUUCACUACAAGAGUCAGUUCAUUUGGUAUCUCAAGGUACAACAGGGCUGAGUACAUGGCAGGCAGCACAGCAUCUGGCAGAGUGGAUCCUUGAGAACCCCCAUAUCUUUGCUAACAGGUCUGUGACGGAACUCGGGAGUGGGCUCGGCCUGACAGGGAUUGUCUCUUGUAAAUAUUGUCAGAUACAGAGCUAUGCAUUUACAGAUUGCCAUGCACAGGUUUUAUAUCUGCUCUCAAAGAACAUCGAGCAGAAUCUGGUGCAGGAGAAACACAAACAAAACUCAGACUCCUCCGACAGGGACAAGAAAAUUCUACGCAAAAUUCGCAAGCAGUUAAGUCUUUCAUCCGGCAGUGAAGAUCCGAGCACAGCCUUUGGGGACGGUAAAGAUGUGGUGGAGUCGGAUGUAAAUGAUGAUGAAAUCUACUCAGACCCCGUGGAGCUUGAUGUUAGCACCAGUUGCUGGGACAUGGAUUCAUCCCACAGAAUAGCUUCUUUGAAAGCUGACAGACGUGUGAGCAUCUGUCAUCUCGACUGGGAGUGUGUGAAAGGGAAAGUUCUGGAAAAAUUGAAGUCGGACAUCAUACUGGCUGCAGAUGUUGUUUAUGACACAAGCAUUAUCCCAGCUCUGGUGUUUGUGCUCAAAAGUCUUCUAGAUACAGGACCGGAAAGCAACAGGAAGCCAAAGGCUUACAUAGCUUCCACCAUUAGAAGUGAGGACACGAGAGAUGCAUUCCUGAUAGCAAUUGGUUCUGAAGGCUUGAAUUACUCAAUUGUUGAGUCACCUUCGCAAAGCAGAUUUCACUACGAUCGCUCGGUACCCAUAGAGAUACUCCAAGUGUCUGCCCAUUAA